UCCGGUAAGCUGCGCUCCGAGGGGAGUGGAGCUGGGAGACCCCGGUUUCCAGCCGCCACGAUGGUGAACGUUCCCAAGACCCGGCGAACCUUCUGCAAGAAGUGCGGGAAGCACCAGCCCCACAAGGUCACCCAGUACAAGAAGGGCAAGGAGUCCCUGUACGCCCAGGGCAAGCGGCGCUACGACCGCAAGCAGAGCGGCUACGGGGGCCAGACCAAGCCCAUCUUCCGCAAGAAGGCCAAGACCACCAAGAAGAUCGUGCUGAGGCUCGAGUGCGUGGACUCCAGCUGCCGCUCCAAGAGGAUGCUGGCCAUUAAGAGGUGCAAGCAUUUCGAACUGGGAGGAGACAAGAAGAGGAAGGGCCAAGUCAUCCAGUUCUAAGUCUCCGUUCUGUUCCUUGGUUGUUUGUUGUUGGUUUUAUUUAUUUAUUUUUGUGUUCUUGUUGUCCGGGACCAAAGCUAGGAACUCACAUUUCAAGACAUGACCUCUUACAUUCCUGAGCCUUGUUCCUGGAACUCGUUUGUUUUGGAGUGGAAAAGGUGGAAACUUUUAUAGAGCUGUCAUACCUCUAUCAAAAUAAAUGCACUGAUUUCUUAUUCAAA